UGUUUCUGUUGCCACUGCAACGGAAUUUCCACUUCUUCAACUCUUUUUUUUUUAUCAACACGAUCAAUCCCCCGCUAUAUUUUUCACCACCGUGCGUGUUCCCAAUUUCGUCUACCAUCGCUAGACCUGCUGGUGGCAGUUUAGUAGCUUUGGUGACGUUCCGAGUUAGAUUUUCAACGGUACCUAACCGAAAACCGCGUCCUUGGGUAUAUUCCGCUUCUACGUCACCAAGUCAGAAAUAUCUUGGUGCGCCUAGCGGGUAUCGCUCAAUUAUCAGGUUUAGGUGUUAAAGCUGUGCGGAAUCACAAAGUCGCAAAGGGCCCUUCUUAUUCCGUAUACCGUUCAAGCUUGUAAUAUUUAAUAUAAGAUAGUCGGUGACUAUCUAUAAGCUAUCCGCAAUGUCCGACUCAGAGAGCCUCGACUAUCUCCAGCCGGGCUUCGAUGCGAAGACCCUUACGGUCCCCCGGCUACGAUCGAUUCUAGUUGCCCACAAUGUUCCAUAUACGUCGAGCGCAAAAAAGGCACAAUUGAUCGAAAUUUUUAAUGAUCAAAUUGUGCCCCAGUCAAAGAAAAUCCUAGCUGCACGUGCACGUGCAAAGCGCUCAAGCAAAGGCAUUGUCGAUGCAGAGUCACAAAGCAGCAGCAAUCCCUUUGAGGAGCAGGAAGAACUUGCACCACCUCCACGUACCACUCGUCGAUCAAGGUCGCCUAGGAAAGCACCUACCAGAAUCAAGACGGAAGAACCGGAAGAUCAACCAAUGCCGCCGCCGACCCCAAGUCCUACUAAACGAAAGCCUCGGGCUACAAGCCGCCCGGUUCAGGCUUCGGAUACGGAUACCGGUCCAGAGCCUGACAAUGGCAGAACGCUCAGCAGAGUCGGACGACCUGUUCUUGCGCCUCGAAUUAAGACUGAGGAAUCCAACGAAGGCUUUUUCCGACGUACUUCGGAUGUUUUCACCAAUGACAACCCGUUCCAAAGUGGUAGUUCCCCACCAGCAGUGGAUAACACCCCGAGCGUACGUCGAAGAACAGCCGGACCUGAUAAACCGCGAAGCCUUAGUAGGGGCGCGCGAAGGCGAACAGAGGGCCACGCUCUUCCUAAAGAAGAGUCACCUGGCGUGCCUAUGAGUUUCAAUCCUCCGUUACCUCAGAAAACAUAUCCAAAGACCCCGGAGACGCCUGUAGUCGAGGCCGGGGAAGAGUUUACCCCAGAAGAGCAACUCGAUCUUAUCUCAGACGAAGCCGUAAAUGGGCGCGACGCUGUUGCUACUCGGCAAUCCCGACGCCGGCCAAAUAAGACUGGGGGUGGCACAAUCUUUUCUAUAUUCGUCGUCACGCUCCUAAGCGUCUACGCUGGGUGGUAUCGACAGGAAAAGAUCGCAGUAGGUUACUGCGGCGUUGGUCAAGUUGGAAGCUCGAUUCCUAAUGAGAUCGAAACACCUGAAUGGGCGCAGUCGGUACUACCAGCUCAAAUUACGGUCCCGCAGUCUGUCAUAGACGCCCUAGAGCCCGAGUGCGAACCGUGUCCCCCUCAUGCUUAUUGCUAUGCCGACUUUUCUGUACGGUGUGAGCAGGAUUACCUCCUCAAGCCUCACCCUCUAUCACUAGGCGGCGUGAUCCCUCUUCCUCCAACCUGUGAGCCUGACGGUGUCAAGGUCCGACGGGUACAGGCAGUGGCAGAUAAGGCGAUCGAAGAGCUUCGCGAACGAACUGCCAAGUACGAAUGCGGCGAACCUGUCGACGAAGAAGGUACAAAGCUUGAGACGCCGGCGAUUGAGGAGCAGGAGCUGAAGGAGAUUAUCAAUAGGAAGAGAAGCAAGAAAAUGAACAAUCAAGAAUUUGAGGAUCUCUGGGGAUCUGCGCUUGGCGAGAUUAAAGCUAGAGAGGAAGUGGAGGUUGAAGUCAAGGAAAUAUCCGAUUCCGGAAGCGUUCCAAACACCUACUACACGUCCACCUCUCUCGCUCGAAUUUCAAUCACCUGCGCCAUCCGCAGAUCAAUCCGACUCGGGCUGGCAAGAUAUCGAUUCCAUAUUAGCGUCGUGAUCGCCCUGAUCGUGACAGCGAUUUAUGCGCAGUCUCGAUUCAAGGCUAACCGCGAGGCGGCUGCUCAGGUACCGGCCUUAGUUGACCUAGUGCUUGAGAGGUUAGCCAACCAGAAGCAACUGGGAAAUGAGGACAUCGAUGAUCCGUGGCUCUUCCUCCCGAACCUCCGUGACGACGUCCUGAGAUCGGUCCAUUCGCUCUCGCGACGCGAGAAGAUCUGGCGGAGAGUCAAGGCAGUCGUCGAGCAGAACAGCAAUGUUCGGACUGGCCAGCGGGAAGGACGCAGCGGCGAGGUCGGCAGGGCCUGGGAGUGGAUUGGCCCGAUGACUGGAGACCAUAGCGCCAGGCGACGGAAGGGCGGACGCACAUCAUUCGGACCGGAUGCGGGUGUGGAUUCACCGAGUAACGGAGCGGGAGAUAAUGCGACCCACGCACGACACCAGAAGUGGGAGGAACCAAGACCUAUCUACUAAUGGAAGGGGUUUCAGAUGGAGACUAUGUGGGAUAGACGGACGAACAGUUAUUUAGUUGGCUGGCGCUUUAGGCUUUGCUCAUUGGUACUUUGUGACUUGACGCGAUAGCUACGUGCAAUCAAUUUAUGGCAUUCUCUUUUGUAAACGAGCUAGUUACUCUAUUAUGUCUACCUACCUAAUGUAACCUGUGAUACGACGACCUUCUCCCCCCACACCAAUUCCCU